AUGGAGGUCCUAGGAGAAAGGCCUCCGGCUAUUCAGCGAUGGCUUUUAUGCGUUAUGCUCUUUUUGUUCAUCACCUCUGUUCAUUCUUUCUACCUUCCCGGGGUCGCUCCUCAGGAUUUUGUGAAGGGCGAUCUUCUGAAGGUGAAAGUAAACAAACUGACCUCUACUAGAACUCAACUUCCUUACUCCUACUAUUCCCUUCCUUACUGUAAGCCAGAAAAAAUUGUUGACAGCGCAGAGAAUCUUGGGGAAGUUCUUCGUGGUGAUCGUAUUGAGAACUCUCCCUAUGUGUUCAAAAUGCGAGAACCGCAAAUGUGCAAUGUUGUUUGCCAUAUCACCCUUGAUGCCAAACUUGCAAAGGAAUUCAAGGAGAAGAUAGAUGACGAAUACCGGGUGAACAUGAUUUUAGAUAAUCUCCCUCUAGUUGUGCCUUAUAAAAGACCUGAUAUCGAUUCCUUGGUGUAUCAACAUGGUGUGCCUGUUGGUCUGAAAUCACACUUUGGUGAAAGUAAGGAGGAGAAGUAUUUUAUCUACAACCAUCUGACAUUUACUGUGAAGUUUCAUAAAGACGAAGAGACCAAUGCUGCCAGAAUUGUGGGAUUUGAAGUCAAACCAUUCAGUGCUAAGCAUGAAUAUGAGGGUAAAUGGGAUGGAAAAAAACGGUUAACAACCUGUGAUCCUCAUGCAAAACGCACUAUAACCAGCUCUGAUUCUCCUCAGGAGGUUGAAGAUAAGGAGGAGAUAAUCUUCACUUACGAUGUUGACUUUAAGGAGAGCGAAGUCAAAUGGGCAUCUAGAUGGGAUACUUAUCUUUUGAUGGCUGAUGAUCAAAUUCAUUGGUUCUCAAUUGUAAAUUCUUUGAUGAUUGUUCUUUUCCUCUCGGGUAUGGUGGCCAUGAUUAUGCUGCGUACCCUCUACCGUGACAUCUCUAAGUACAACCAGUUAGAAACUCAGGAAGAAGCUCAAGAAGAAACUGGAUGGAAAUUAGUUCAUGGAGAUGUUUUCAGGCCUCCAACAAACUCUGAUCUACUCUGUGUUUAUGUUGGGACUGGUGUUCAGUUCUUUGGGAUGAUACUAGUUACCAUGAUCUUUGCUGCACUUGGAUUCUUAUCUCCGUCUAACCGAGGAGGGUUGAUGACAGCUAUGCUUCUUCUCUGGGCAUUUAUGGGCCUGUUUGCUGGAUAUGCUGCAGCUCGUCUUUACAAGAUGUUCAAAGGAACAGAGUGGAAGAAAAUAACUCUUCGAACCGCUUUCACCUUCCCUGGAAUUGUCUUUGCCAUUUUCUUCGUAUUGAAUGCUCUAAUUUGGGGCGAGAAAUCAUCAGGGGCUGUGCCAUUUGGAACCAUGUUUGCAUUAGUGUUCUUGUGGUUUGGCAUUUCGGUUCCUCUUGUUUUUGUAGGUAGUUAUGUAGGGUUUAGGAAGCCAGCUAUUGAGGAUCCAGUGAAAACCAACAAGAUUCCAAGGCAAAUUCCUGAGCAGGCCUGGUACAUGAACCCGGUUUUCUCUAUCCUAAUUGGAGGCAUACUCCCAUUUGGGGCAGUAUUUAUCGAGCUGUUUUUCAUUCUAACAUCAAUCUGGUUGCAUCAGUUCUAUUACAUUUUUGGGUUCCUUCUCCUCGUGCUCGUAAUCCUAAUCAUCACCUGUGCUGAGAUUACAGUUGUGCUUUGCUAUUUCCAGCUGUGCAGUGAGGACUAUCUCUGGUGGUGGAGAUCAUACCUGACAUCAGGGUCAUCAGCACUCUACCUCUUCCUUUAUGCGGCUUUCUACUUCUUCACAAAGCUUGACAUCACAAAACCAGUAUCUGGUGUUCUCUACUUUGGGUACAUGCUGAUCGCUUCAUACUCUUUCUUUGUGCUGACUGGUACAAUCGGUUUCUAUGCUUGUUUCUGGUUCACUAGGCUCAUCUACUCCUCGGUGAAGAUCGACUAA